AUGCGGAUCAACGUCGCGGGCCUGCGCCCGGAGCACACGAUCAACGGCCUUGAGGUGAACCUCGACGCCGGCGUUGAGAGACUGCGGCGUGACAUUGCGGAGCGAAUCGGUACCGCGCCGGAGCGGCUGCGACUUAUCCACAUGGGGCAUCUGAUCGACGACUCUCGACCACUGAGCUCUUUCCUUCGCGAGGACGCGACGAUUCACGUGGUGCCCGUUGCCGCCCCAACCCCUCCAACAGGGAGCCCCGAAGGAAACAACAACGAGCACGGCGGGGCUUCCGCGGCGAAUUUGCCUGAUGUUGCCGCCGCCUGGCGGGGGAUGCAGAACCCCUUUAUAGGCCUAUUCCAGCACUCCCUCGCAGGCCUGGCAGAGCAAAUGGGAGGGCGGCUCCCGGUGGUGGUCCAGAGUGGAAUCGUGGGGAGUGGAAUGGGCCUCCCUCCCAGGGAAAGUUCACAAACGCCUCCACCGCAGCAGCCCCAACAGUCCCAACAGCAACAGCAACAGCAACCCCAACAGCAACAACAACAGGAGCAACAGCAACCCCAACAGCAGCCUCCGCAGAACUCGGAAGGGCAACCGCACCAGCACCACCGCUUUUCCUUUUCCUACGCCAUUCCGACGCCCGAGGUGGUGACCCCCUCUCCCGUGCACGUCCACGUUCACGUCACGAUGGAUGAGCUCGAACAACUUCCCGAACGCCUGGAAAGAUUUCGGAACCGCAUGCGGCUUUCUGGAUCGAACGCGAGCCUCCAUGUUGAGCGCGGGCCUCUUCCACCUACAACCACCGCCUCUGCCCAAACCGCCGCGGCAGGCGCAGCAGCACCGGAGAACAAUAACCACGGCACCAACAGCACCACUCCCAGCGGGAGUGAGAACAGAGCACCCCAUGCUUCGCCACAAACCAUAGGUGACAUAUUUAACGCAUUGAGUGAGACGACAGGCGACAACGGCGGAGAAGCCGCCGUCGUUGAAGAGCUGUUGUACACACUUUUUCGUGACCUAACCCCUAUGGCUGCGGCUCAAUUCGUUGCGGGGGACUUUUCCUUUCUCGCGCCCUCCAGGCAGCGCGUCGUGGGAGAGGUGAUGCGGUUGUUAGGCCAACGAGAGGAAACGGCGGAAGGCACGCUGCGGGCGGAUCAGCGGCGCCACCUUGAGCGCGAAGUGGACCAAAUCAUCGAAGGUAUCCAACAGGACCCUGCCUUUAUGGAGCUCAUUCGGAGGAAUACACGACCCCAAAGCAACUUCCUACGCGAUAUAAAAAGAUACCUGGUGUUUGUGUGUGAGGAAAUCGUUUGCGCCGUCUUAAGCCCGGUCUCGGACAGUGACGAGUGGGCGAAUGGAGUGAGGGUGGCGUUGUUUCGCGUCGUCGGAGUCGCCGCUGAGCGGACUCCCGUCUGGUUUGAAAGGGGCCCCGCAGGCUUGGCAGACUUGAUCAUUUCACUCGCACAGACCUCGGCCACCCGGCUUCCAGAAGGCCGUGCCCGAGACACCGCCCAGAGCAUCGCGCAGGCGGGGUCGCUCGCGCGGGGGCUGCUGCCACUUGUCAUCUCCGGAUGGCACGCGGAAUAUCUGUCACGGCAUCGGCGCGACACGGACAGCGCCAUCUUUGAAGGCGCGGCGGCCGCGCCGGAACGCGGCGACGAGGCCGACGGCCUCUUGGACGACUGUCUCGAUGAAUUCUGCGCAGAUAAUGGGGCCGGCGCCGCCGACCACGCCGACGCAAGCACAGACAGGCUUCGCAGCGCCCUGCGCGCCUAUCGCGAAGUGACUCGGGAUGAGGAAGACGACAUCUGCAGACGUGCGCGGCGUUUUCGCUUAGAGCGGCCACCCGCCGACGCCGACACCGACGCCAGCUCCACGAUUUGGAAGCACCUGAAGAAGUGA